GUUUUCAAUCGCAUCAAUAAUGCGUUGGUGUUCAGUUAUUCUUAUUGUUUUGACUGUUCAACUUGUCAAUUGUGAUCUUUUGACUCUUCAAGAAAACGAGCAACGUCUAAAGUCAUGUGGAAAACCAUUGCAGUCAAAAGUGUAUAAUGGACGUGAUGCAUCACAAUCGGAAGCACCUUGGUCUGUGUUCACGUAUCUUUAUAGUAAAGACGAGCAAUCUGCCACAACUUGCACAGGAACCAUUGUCUCCCCACGUCAUAUUCUCAUUGCCACUCACUGUUUCGCCGGGCAAAACCGAGAUGGUUCAUGGAAUCUUAUUGAGGAUACAUUUGAUAGAAGUAAUUGCAAGGAUGAUGACUAUGUAAUAACGAAUCAAGAAUUCCUCAAAAGAGUGGAAUUUCUCUCAAACAAAAAAGGAAUAUCAAGAUAUCCAGAGAAGAUAACUCUUGUUCAUGCAUGUACCAAACGAACAGCAAAUCGGACAAAAAAAAUUCCACCACAAUAUUAUACUGACGACUUUGCAAUUGUUCAUUUAUACGAAGAGUUGACUUUCUCAAGUAAUGUCCAAUCAGUCUGCGUUGCAGAUGACGAGACUCAACCCAAUGAUAAACUUUCAUUGGAAUACUUUGGAUUCGGAUUAAAUCCACCUUCUGAUAUUAAUCAAAACGGUGUCGAUAAUACAGGUCAAUUGAGAUAUGAGAAAAUCGAGGUUUUUCGUUCACAUCCGAUGGAAAUUUACUUUUUCCAAGCAAGAGAUAUAACUGAUAAAACAGUGGCAUGUGUUGGUGACAGUGGUGGUGGUGCAAUAGCUGAUGUUAAAGGAAAAAAGACAAUUAUAGGAGUCCUGUCACAAACUAGCUGUCAAAAACGACGAGGUGGUAACGAAACAAUGGAACUGUACUCUUCUGUUGGAUUCUACAAAAAUCAAAUUUGCAAGUACACUGGCAUUUGUGAUAAAGCUGAUUCUUAUAAUAAAUAUCAUAAAGGAUAUAUUAGAACACAAAAACCGGUUCGUACAACCGAAGCUCCACGGGAAGCAAACGCUCGAGACUUGAAACCCGGGUCAAAAGGUGGGAAGGAUAAACCAAAUGGAGUCAUGGGGAAAUUUUUGAAUUUGAUAAUAAUUCCUGUCAUUUUCUCUGCAAUUAUCAACUUUUUGUAGUUUUUGUUUCGGUCACAAUGAAUUUUUCGAAGAUCGGAUUA